GGCCCAGGCAGGAGGGCUGCGCGCACUGAGAGGGGCGUUCGGGGCCUGGCCGGCCUGGGGGAGGAGGGCGGAUGGGCGCACGUGCGUCCAUGCUGCGUUCUCAGCCACUGAGCGGGACCGCGGUCACGGGCGAGACCCACGCGAGAAUCUGCCUUUCCCUGAGCAGAGGACAUGAUCAGGUUCCAGGAACCAGUGACAAUCAAAGAUAUGUCUGUGGACCAUGUGGAGGAAGAGCAGGGCAGCCUAGGCCCUUCCCAGAGGAAGCAGGACCAUGCUGUGACACUCUUGGCGGAGACUUGAAACAGAAUCCUGUGGAGACUUUGGGACAAAGAGCUCUGGGACCUGUCAUAUACACAGGUUUCCUGCAGCUGAUUUCAGGGGACAUGGGGAGUUAGCAACUGGGAGUGGGAACUGUACUGUGACUCUUCAGGCAAAGAGCACAAUCCCUGCAAGAAGUGAAGAGAAACAUCUUGUCAUAUUCCACAAACAAGAACAGUGUGGUGAUUCUUCAGUGACUUUUCAAACACUAAAAGUGAAAACGACCAGUCUUUGGCAGACCCAAGCUAGAUGGCCACACAAGACUCCCCUAGGAAGCUGUGUAAGAAUAAGCCCCAGGAACCUUGGGAGUGCAGAGGUGUCCCUGCACCUGAAGAGAGUACUGAGAGGCAGGUGGUGAAGGAGAAGAGGCCUCCCAUGGCCCAGGGUUCUGAAAACCUGCAAGUUAAACUUCCAUCCGACAGAACAGAGCCAGUGCUGCCACUGGGUGGUGAAGCCACUUUCGAAAGUAGCCCAGUGAAGGAAUCUUCAGAUCCCCUUGUCCACAAUCAGAAAGACACUUCAAAAUGCAAGUCAGGAUUGGUCAGCUGCAGCCACCAGAGAGCUCACCCAGAGCAGAAGUCCUGUCACUGUGGUGACUGUGGGAAGUCGCUGCGCACCAGCCCAGAUGCUGGUCCCUAUGGGAAGCACCAUUCUGCAGAAAAGCCGCACAAAUGUGACCAGUGCAGAAAAGGCUUCAGUCAGAGGUCGGAGCUCCUGCUGCACCAGAGAUGCCACAUAGAAGAGAAGCUCUACAUGUGUACACAGUGCGGCAAGGGCUUCACCAGGAGCUCCAGCCUGCUCGUCCAUCAGGCCAUCCACACUGACGAGAAGCCCUACAAGUGUGAUAAAUGCGGCAAGGGCUUCACCAGGAGCUCUAGCCUGCUUAUCCACCAUGCAGUCCAUACUGGCGAAAAGCCAUAUAAGUGUGACAAGUGUGGCAAGGGCUUCAGCCAGAGCUCCAAGCUGCACAUCCACCAGCGUGUGCACACAGGGGAGAAGCCCUAUGAGUGCGGGGAGUGCGGCAUGAGCUUCAGCCAGCGCUCCAACCUGCACAUCCACCAGCGUGUGCACACUGGGGAGAGGCCCUACAAGUGCGGGGAAUGCGGCAAGGGCUUCAGCCAGAGCUCCAACCUGCACAUCCACCGGUGCAUCCACACUGGUGAGAAGCCCUACCAGUGCUACGAGUGUGGCAAGGGUUUCAGCCAGAGCUCGGAUCUCCGCAUCCACUUCCGGGUACACACUGGGGAAAAGCCCUACCACUGUGGCAAGUGUGGCAAGGGCUUCAGCCAGAGCUCCAAGCUCCUCAUCCACCAGCGCGUGCACACUGGGGAGAAGCCCUAUGAGUGCAGCAAGUGCGGCAGGGGCUUCAGCCAGAGCUCCAACCUGCACAUCCACCAGCGUGUGCACAGGAAGGACCCUGACUCGUGACACAAUCUAGUGCUGUGAAGAAUUCCUGUUUCUAGCAUAUCUCUUACCUUUCUGUUCUUCAAAGGAGAAAGAUAAGAGUCAGUCAGACAUGCCCUCACUGAAAAGUCAUUUGUUCAUUCAAAGCACCAAGCACUUAAUUACGCUGCAGUUGGUGGGGUGUUCUGGUCCCUCACAUGCUACAGUGAAACAGCUACAUUUCAGUUCAGCCAGUGUCAUUAGAAAUACAUAUUCACCUAGCAUUUUUAACUGCAAAACUUUAUAUUUUAUUUGUCCAGGUAGAGCAUGUUUUCCUUUGUUCACAUUUUGUGCAAAAUUGGAAUACUUGUUUCUC